GUCAGUACCAUAGAAUAGGAGCAGAAUACAAAGUACCACAAAGUAUCAGAGAGUAUCAGAGCAUAGAAAACGUGUCAGGUAUUAUUGGUGUGUUUGUAUCGUAUCUGAUGUCUUGUGUAUGUGCUUCAUAGAUGCAAAUAAUGAGUUAUAUGAGUGUUCUACUUGUUUAAUUUAUAGGAGAUGAGGACAUGGAUCGUAUGAUAAGAAACGUGCCAAGUAUGGAAAACUUGCUUCGAUGUAGAGAUCUUCCAAGUUUCAAAAGAAUAUCCAAAGAAAACGAUCAUAUUGCUUUAGACCAUUUUGUAUUUCAAACCCAACAAUCACUUAAAGCAAAUGCGUUGAUACUCAACACAUUUGAGGAUCUAGAAGCUCCAAUCCUCUCCCAAAUUCGUCUCCACUUCCCCAAACUCAUUAUCUACACUCUUGGCCCUCUUCGCCACCACCUCUAUACCACAAAAAAAACAUCAUCAUCAUUAUCAUUCUUCAAAGCGGAUAGAACAUGCAUGACCUGGCUCGAAUCUCAACCGUUGAAAUCAGUUGUAUAUGUUAACUUUGGUAGCAUCGCAUCAAUGAAAGGAGAAGAAAUCAUUGAGAUAUGGCAUGGUUUAUUGAAUAGUAAAAAACAGUUUUUGUGGGUGAUUAGGCCAAACAUGGUACAAGAAAAAGGACUAUUAAAGGAGCUUGAGAAAGGGACUAAUAAGGAACAAGGGUUGAUUGUGGGUUGGGUUCCACAAGAAGAAGUAUUGUCGCAUAAGGCAAUUGGUGCUUUUUUGACACAUAGUGGAUGGAACUCCACUUUGGAGAGUUUGGUUUGUGGUGUGCCUAUGAUUUGUUGGCCUUAUUUUUCAGAUCAACAAAUUAAUAGUAGGUUUGUGAGUGAGGUUUGGAAAAUUGGGUUGGAUAUGAAAGAUGUUUGUGAUAGGAAGGUUGCGGAGAAUAUGGUGAAUGAUGUUAUGGUGAAUAGGAAGUAAGAGUUUCUAAAAUCAGUGGAAAUUGCUAAGUUGGCUACCAAGAGUGUGAGUUGUGAUGGUUCUUCCUACACCAACUUCCAAGAUUUGAUUGAAUAUAUAAGGUCCUCUAGCCCAUAA